CCCUACCAGAUGACUGUCAGUGCGCAUUUCCUAUUGGCAAGAGGGAGUGAGAAGUAAACAGAGGAGACCGACAGGGGAAGAGAGAGUGUGUGUGAGAGAGAAGGAGUGAGUGUGUUACAGUGGGAACAGAGUGAGACUCCAGCGGAGGGGGCGAGAGGCAACUUCACCGGGGUUUAUCACUGCGCACUGUCGAGGAGGAGAGAUCGCUUUCGAGCGCAGCAUGCUCAAGCAGGUUAGAAAAGUGGACUGUGGACGGAGCUGCUGAUUGAAACCCCCAGACUCACUAAUGGACUGUUAGAGAGAGCAGUGAGAGGUAACAGCUGUGCCAGCGUGACGGGGAGCGGACACCGGAGAGGAAGCUGAUGCAGCGGGGAAAGUUAUCAACUGUGGAGAUGCUUUGCUAACUGAGAGUUUACAAACUGUUCGGACCGCUCAGAGUCAUUUCUUUAAAUUGGAUGCUAUUAUAGACCAAUCCCAGUGCGCUUGUCCGUCCGGUGAUACCCCGGUGCCGCGGUGGACCAUAACCAGCUCAGUCGCAUAGACGGAGCGAGUGAAUCCUUCCACGCAACACAAUCAGUGGCAAGAGCUACUACAAUGACGGCGUUAUACCUCAUCUUUUGCCUUAUGGCCACAGCAGCCACCCAAGCAGCCUACUUCUCCCAGCAGCCCCAAGACCAGGUGGUUGUAUCUGGUCAGUCGGUGACUCUACCCUGUGUCAUUGUGGGUUAUCGGGGAAUGGUACAAUGGACCAAAGAUGGCCUGGCACUGGGUGGAGAGAGAGACCUACCAGGCUGGACGCGCUAUUCCUUAAUGGGCGACCCGCUAUCAGGCGAGCACAGCUUGCUGAUCGAUUCGGCAGAGUUGGAGGAUGACGCGGUGUAUGAGUGUCAGGCUACACAGGCGGCGCUGCGCUCCCACCGUGCCAAGCUCACUGUACUAGUUCCUCCUUCAGACCCUGUGGUGGAGGGUGGCCCUGUUGUACGUCUUAAGGCCCACACACCGCACAAUCUCACCUGCAGAGCCUCGGGAGCCAAACCUGCUGCUGAGAUCACCUGGUACAGAGAUGGAGAGGUCAUGGAGACUGCAAUUUAUUCCAAGUCACUGAUGGAGGAUGGGAAGAGGGAGACGGCUGUUAGUAUGCUUCCAAUCGUCCCUGAGGAUAGCGACUCUGGGCGCACCUACACCUGCAGGGUUCUUAACCCAGCUGCCCCAGCUGGACGACAGACAUCGGUCACUAUCAACGUCCAGCACCCUCCUUCAGUGACUCUAUCAGUCCAGCCUCAGACUGUGACCGAGGGAGCCAAGGUUCUCUUCAUCUGCUCUGCUUCGGCCAAUCCUGAAAUCACUGGAUACAGGUGGUCCAAAGGAGGAGUCCCCAUCUCUGAAGCAAAUGGGGACAGCCUUGAGGUGACGGUGGACUACUCUUACUUCACAGACCCCGUCUCCUGUGAGGUGUCCAACUCUGUGGGCAGCACCAAUGUCAGCACUCUGGUCGAUGUCCAGUUUGGCCCCAGACUGCUGUCGGAGCCAAAGCCAAUGACGGUGGACAUAGGGAUGGAUGCAGCCUUUACUUGUGCAUGGACUGGAAACCCUCCUCUGACCCUGGCCUGGACCAAGCAGGGCUCCAGCGUGGUGCUCAGUAAUGGCAACACCUUGCAGCUGAAGGCUGUUACCCAGGAGGAUGCUGGAACAUACACCUGCAAGGCCAUCGUACCCCGGAUUGGAGUUGCGGAAAGAGAUGUCACUCUAACUGUAAACGGCCCACCUAUCAUCACAGCGGACGCCACGCAGCACGCUGUCAAGCACUCCAAGGGCAAGUUGGAGUGCCGGGUGGGAAGCAGCCCCCCGCCAGAUAAGAUUGUGUGGACCUUUGGAGACAUGAGCCUGUCCUCUGGUUCCUCCGGUCGUUACUCAGUGCAGACAGUAACCAGCGACCACGGGGUCCUUUCUUCCUUGGUGCUGUCCGAGACUCUGGCCCAGGAUUUCCAGCUGCGCUACAACUGCACUGCUUGGAACCGCUUUGGCACCGGCACUGCCCUGGUCACACUGAAGGAGCAAGAGGCCCUGCCUAUGUUGAUAAUUGUUGGUGGAGCAGUAGGUGGAGGCUGUGUCCUGCUCAUCUGUGUCAUCACUCUAGUCUCCCUCUGUUGCAGGCACACAGGCAAAGGUGAGCUCAACGGUAAAAGGUGCACUCGUCUUUCUAAGAGUGACAUCAGAGUUCAGAUUGUUCACAGUGAUCACAACGCUACACGUGGCAAUGAUGAUGAGGAGGAUGUCAAAGAGCCCAUGGCACCGAACAGCAGCGAGUCUCCUGGGACAUCGCGCACAGAACACAGCGACCUCCUGGAAGAGGAGGAGGAUGAGAGAUCGGACAUCAAGGACCCCACCAAUGGUUACUAUAAUGUCCGUGGCCAUGAAGACCGCCAUAUCCGCAGCAGUGGAUUCUCUGAAUAUGUGCCCAACUCUCGGCCAGUCUACACCCCGUCACAGCUGCCCUCCCCUAGCCCCAUGUACGGUCAGCAUGGCACCCAGCCUCGCGUCUAUGACUUCUCCCACCGAUACGCAACCACCACAGCGGGCAGAACCGCAUAUGAACAGCAGCAAGCUGCCCAGCAGCAGCCCGCCCAGCCAGCCAGCAUUUAUCCAACUGAUCCCCUCUACAGUGGCUCAGCUUACCUACCUGCCACCUACGGUCGCGCCUUCACCAGCUACGUUAAGCCUGCUUCCUAUGAGAAGGUGGAUGCGUAUGACCAAUCAGAUCAGGCCAGCAAGGUGUCCAGCUCGUCUCGCUUCUCUUAUGCUUCCUCACAAGUUUCCUCCCAGCAGUCUGACUAUGGCCGGCCUUCACAACGUAUGCAGACGCAUGUCUGAUUGGACAAAAAUAACUGGAAAAAAAGAAGAGUACAGGAGCAGUGAGUAGAUAACCAUUGUCACCUCCACACACGUGUGGCUGGACUAACAUGAACAGAGACUUACUUUACUUGGACGGUCCUUCGCGGACAUGUUUGGACAGUAUUUGGAGGAGUCAUGCGAUUUACGGAGGUUAUGGGAUAACCGACCUUUAUUUGUUGUGAUGGAUGGCGGGAUCUACAAUAAUGCUAACUGUAGAGCUCCUGAGCUGGAGAAUUCAGCAGAUUGUGAUGUUCAAGUCAAACUUACGAUUACAGUGCGAUACCUCACCAGGUUAUCUCUACAUGAUGACCACCCAAACCUGUGGAGAUACUCUGUCAGUGCAAGGGCCAACGAGAAAGUCAAAUGAAAUGCAUCUCCUGAAUUUGGGUGGCCAAAAUGACUGGGGUAGCUGUUUACCUGCCUUUCAGAGUUUACUUUGUGUCAACACUAAAUGUCAAUCAUGACCUCUAAAAUACUUUGAAAGAAGAUAUUACAAGCUAAGACAUAUUUGGGGAAAAAACAGAUAUGAACAACCUAUUGUUGUCUGUCAUUUGGUGUUUUGUUGGCAUGCGAAAGGAAUUCUAAGCACAUUUGUGUCUCUAUCAUCCACAAAAGACUGAGCUAUCCACAGAGACAGACAAACUAUUCUGCACAACAGGCUAGCUCUACUGACCAACAAGUGCUACAGGCACUGUACUUUAUGAAGAGUUUAAAGAAUGGAGGAAUACUUCUGGCCUGAGCUGUAUUCCUGGAGCUUCUUCUGAUAAUAACCCUAACACUUUGGACUUAGCAGUGUUGUUUAAUGGUGGAUAAAAGAAGGAGAUAUGAAGAGAAUGUGUAUUUUAGCCAUCAUUGUAAUGGAGGGCUACAUGUUAACUGUGUAUUGUACCAAGAUGGACAAGUUUAGGCCAUGAAAACCCAAAGAUGGUGAUAAUUGUAUAGGGGGAAACAGGGGCUGAUGCUGAAUACUGCUGUCCUACCCCUGGUACUGUUUUCUGAUUGUAAAACGAAGAGGAGGCUAUUACCAGAACAAUCAAAAGUGGCGAUUUGGAAAAAUGGUGGCAAUCUUGAACUUGAAAUAAACUUGAAUGCAGCGUCAUCUUCAGCAGGCUCAGGUGGGGAAAAGACGUGUGAGGCAGUCCUAAAUGCGGACCAUACACUCUCAAGUUUUACAACUCAAUCAAAAUUGUCUCAAUAUGUUUACAAGAAACAGUACUACCCUGAAACACUAAGUAUCUGUACAAAUGGCUGAGCCCAUACUUUCUCUCUGUUGCAUGCAAAUGAUGUGUCUAGUGAAAAUCUUCAGCGUUUAUAUUCAUGUCCAUUUCAUGUUUGAGACAUUGGUUUCUGCACCUGGCCCAGUUGCAUUCCACUUCCUGGAUGUUUCAGUAUGGACGCCUGUACUGCCAUUUGUCUACAAAGCUGUUACCAGGCAGCCUGACGAGAGAUCAAAUGUCACUUAAAGUGAGGAGGCAAACAUCAUCGCUUGUCUUUAUUUUUAUAUUUUAUAUAAGCCUUAAUGUACAGCGUGUAAGCUGCUCUACUGUAAAGUAUCUUUAUAUAAAUAUGUAUCUAUAUUGGUUGAUUUAUUUGGGUCCACAGAUUUUCUUCUCUAAGUUGUUCAUCAAUCAUUGAAUGCAGUUAUUAUGCUUUUUCUUUGGAUCACAACUAAUUGCCAUUUGUUUGUUCAUUCUUUUAAUAAUGUAUUAAGAAUUUUAUUUGCUAAAAAUGAGCUAUCGUUGCUUGUACCUUUGUACACAUAUUUAUAUUUAAAUAAAACCAUUUCCGAUAAAGAACUGGCUGGUGUGAAUCCUGAGAGUUAAUCAGCCUGGUGAGUAGCUUCAUUGGGCAUGGGGAACAGCGACAAACAAAGCUUCCCAUGUAGCAACAAUGAUGAAUACAUAAAUUAGCAGCACUGUCUAUGUUGAUUUUCCUAUUCCCCCAGUGGUGCGCUGCUUUUAAUGAAGACAGAUGAGAUAGUGGAACCCCCACUGUAUGUGUAUCCACCUCCCGAAGUCGACAUGCCCGUCUCGUAGGGUAAUAGGAUAGAGCUGUGACAAAGGCAGGUAUUAUUUGACAAUAUGAGUUCGUCUUGUCACCUCUGUUCCCCAGGUAGGCACGCUGCUCACGACGGGGAGGAGAGGUA